AUGUGGACCGGGAACUUUUUGAACGCACUUCUCGUCCUAGCGUUGGCAUUGUCUCCAGUGAUGGGAGAGCCACGAGCGUUUCGACACCUGGCCAGCGAUUUCAGGACAUUAGCCGACAGAGACCUUCUUUCCGGGGAUUGCCUGGAUAUUGAUGGCAAUGCGGUCUGUAUCUACUUUGAUGCGGGGACUUGGUCAUGUUUAGUAGAGUGGAAUGGUGUCGCAUGUGAUGCAUGUGCCAUGUGCGAAAGUGGCGAUGAAUCACCUGUGGGAUACUCGUGUGAACUUGCGGCCCAGGCCGCUGGGGCCACUAUGUGCCCAACUGACAUGGUCAAUGUAGCGUGCACUACAGAGGGGUCUGCUCAGGAUUGUUUUAUCUUACCCUAUGAAGAAGGUCCCGAGGAUUGCAUGGAUGUUGAUGGUAACAAUAUCUGUCUCGACUUUGACGCUGAGACAUGGACCUGUUCAGCCUCAUGGAAUGGUGUUGAAUGUGAUGCAUGUACAGUGUGCGGAAGUGGCGACAAGAUGCAAAUGGCAUACUCGUGUGAAUCUGCAGCCCAGGCCGCCGGGGCCACUUCGUGCCCCAGUGAACGCGUCAAUUUACAGUGCAGCACCACAGAUGAGAUUGCUGCUUUGGGAUGCUUCAUCUUACCCAAUGAAGAAGACCCAGCACCUCCUGAUGAGACUUUCUUGGACCCAUCCAACCCACCGCCACCAGCAGCCGAGGACGGGAGCACAUUUUUGCAAAUACCCGUGGCCUCAGUACCGCCAGAGCCGAGUUUGCAAACAAAACCUCCCGAAGUACAAACAGUGGCUCCCGACGUACCAACAAUACGCCCUGCACAAACAGUCCUUCCCACAACACCUCCCAGCCAAACAGCUGCCCCCAGCGUCUGUGCAGUGACUGUCGCCAACACCAAUGAGACGUGCUCCCAAUUGCUCAAGUUUACCACGGCAGCCUGUGAUUGCUACAAUUAUUGUAAUGGUAAAUUGAUUGGCUGUCUGGCGUUUGGAGAACGAAGCUCCUUCAGCUGUGCAGGGGAAACUGUGGCGGGUUGCACCAGCGAUCAGGAAGAAACUGCCCCAGUAACACCCGACAAAGAGACACCCACCUAUUCGCCCGAAAGCCCCGUCUCAGUCACUCCCUUGAUGCCUAUUUGCCAGACGAAAUACAACAGCAUGCGCACUUGCGGAUCCAAAUGGUCUGCCCCCGAAGUCGACGGCUGUAUUGCCUGCUACAGCAACAUCUUGAGCGGAGUGUCAACUUGUGGUGAUGCAGUGAGCGCUUGUCAAGAUAUUCCAAUGGAGUGUGAAUGUGGAGACUGCAUUGAAGAGAUAUUGGCAUGGAUUGAGUGCGAAAGUCAACUUUCUUGUCCGGGGCUUCGCUGUAGUGGUAAGCCCCAGCCGCAGGCUGCCGCUGAGGAAGACGAUGAUGGAGGCAAGAUGGUGGUUCUGAUUGUGGGAAUUGUGUGCGCGGUCAUUGGCUUUGUUUUCCUCGUUGCUGGAUUCUACCUCGUUCAUCGAUUCCGCUCUGCGAACAAAGAGGAGAGCCCUAAGGCGCAGACCAGUGCUGGCUCUGUGGAACCAAGGCACACGCAAGAUGUCUUGGUAGAUGAGGAAAAGUCCAGAUCCAAGGAGGAGAUAUUGGAGGGCGGCACACCGGUGCAAGUUUACCAAAAAGAGUUGCCAGUCCAGGAAGCGGCACCUCAAGCAAGCGCACCUCAUGCCAGCGCAGCCCCAGCACGUGGCAAUCACAUGCCAAUGGAGAAUGACCUGGAUACCAAUGCACCCAGUGACGAUGACUCUCUUUUUGAAUGUUGA